GCACAGCAAACAGCUGGUUUUAUGACUUAAUUGGCCUUGCUUUUUUUUUUUUGAAAAACGGGCUCUGCUAUUGCUGGUGCUUUAUUUACUAUGCGCUAAGCCUCGUUACGCUGAUUACUUCAUAGCUCUGCAAAACAGCUAACAGCAAUCGAAACGAAAUUGCAACAAUAAAGGCAACGCAGCGAUAGCAACUUGCGACACAAAAUAGUUGGCAAUAGCAGUAGCAACAACAACAACAACAACAACACGCACUCGUUAAUUAUGAGUAAGACGGAAGCUGGCGCAACGGCCGCACCCAAAGCCGAAUCGAAUGUGCGCCAACAACUGGAAACGUAUCGGGUCUAUGUGGUCACCUGGAAUGUGGGCAGUCGGUUUCCGGACAACAUCACACUGCGUCAGCUGCUGGGCUUGCCCGAAGAUGACAGUGGGGAUGCGGCUGGCGAACUGCCCGAUAUCUAUGCAAUUGGACUGCAGGAGGUGAACGCACAGCCGCAGCAUCAGGUGCUGGGCCUGUUCAAGGAGGAUCCAUGGACGCACAAGGCCAAGCACCAUUUGCGCAAGUACAACUAUGUGGCCGUCAAAACCGAGCAAAUGCAGGGCCUGUUGCUGACGAUGUUUGUCCGUCGACCGCAUGUGGAGCAUCUUAAGGACAUGGAGGCGGAAUUCACGCGCACCGGUUUCGGUGGCAUUUGGGGCAACAAGGGUGCGGUCAGUGUGCGUUUCACGCUAUACGGCUGCGGGCUGGCGUUUGUUGUCUCCCAUUUGGCCGCCCACGAUCAUCAGCUGGACGAGCGCAUCGAGGAUUACAAGCAAAUAAUCGAGAAUCAUCAUUACCAUGUGAAGCGCUAUCGCGAGAUCUACGAUCAUGACUAUGUAUUCUGGUUUGGUGAUCUCAACUUUCGGCUGGAGGGUAGCGACAGCGCAACGGAGGUGCGCGACGCACUGAGCGAUGAGCAGAAGCACAAGGAGCUGCUGCAGCGCGAUCAGCUGUACCAGGUGCGUGAGCAGACGCAGCAGGCAUUUCAGGUGCUGCACGAGCGCUUGCCCGCCUUUCCGCCGACGUUUAAGUUCAAGGAGGGCACCUCCGAAUACGACAUGAAGCGGCGACCUGCCUGGACGGAUCGCAUCAUGUACGCAGUGCAGCCGCUCAAUCGCCAGCCCGGCAUGCCGCUAUCCAUUGAGCAGUGCUCCUAUAAAUCGCAUCCCGCCUACAACAUUAGCGACCACAAGCCGGUUACCAGCGAUUUUACGAUCAAGCUUUAUCCCAAUUAUCGUGCGCCGGGCGUCAGCUUUAGCCCGCUGUCCACUUGGCGCAUUGGCGAUGAGAAUACCGUGGAGUAUCGCAAACAGCCGGAGUUUGAGGAAGGACCCAACGAUUGGAUUGCCAUCUAUGGCAUUGACUAUGCCAGUCUGGCGUACUAUGUGGCCUAUGAGUAUGUGAAUCAGGCCGAAUCGCCCAACUCAUCCGACUCAAACCAGGAGCGCGAUUACUUUGAGACGCCUGCACCGGCGCCACAUCGUCACAGUCGACAUCAUCAUCAUCGCAAUCGGCAGCGAUUGCGUCGUCAGCAGGAGGCCAACGAGGAGCUGGUGCGUCUCGAUUUUGCCGACGAUGUCGAGCUGCGCCAUGGCGAACAAUAUUUGCUCAUCUAUUUCCGCAGCACUGGCCUGCGCGGUGUCACCAGCAUCUCGGGCAUUUCCGAUCCUUUUGUGGCCGAGAAGCGCAGCGGCUCGCCGCAUCGCACCGAAUACCAUGUCGACUAGCUAGCGGAGGCCCUGGACAUUUAUAUACUUUAGUUGCCUUGUUUUACCUUAAUUUGCCUUAUUUUUUUUAUAUUUCAUAUAUGUAUAUAUCUUACGAUCUGAUCUAUGUAGAUGCAUUGCCUGUUAUUGAUGUGUAA